AUGUCCCAGGUCAAGAACCUUCGGGCUAUGUUUGAGCAGAAGAAGGAUGCGAGUCCGCCCGAGAGUAGCUUAGGCAUGGAUCGGGGAAGAUCUCCCGCCGGCCCUGCAACUGGCACCGAUACCCCAACGCCCCGUCCCCUGUCCAAGGUCCGCUCCAGCUUCAUUGCAAUCGAGAAGGACGGCAGAAUAGGGCUUAGACGCGAUCCCAGCAACGAUUCGGCACGCAGUCAGUCGCAACGCAGACUCAGCUCCAACACGGAAGAAGGAAGUGUUUUGGUUUUUUCAGAAAAGGCCAAUAUGGGCCCCGAGCCUAUUCCCGAGUCGCCUCGGCAGCUCGAAUCCAACGGUGCCUUCGUCGCCAACAUCAAGAACGGCACUCAUGGCACAACGGCCCUGGAAGCUGUCACAGAUAAGCCCCGCCUGAAUCCUGACAAACGCGUCGAUACCGAGACGCCCACGCCCAAGCUUCUGCCGGCAUCACCUCCCGACAAAGGCCCCUCGAACCCCCUUACGCCCAUCGGGGACUCUGGCGCCAAGGUAUCCAAGACGGCCAAGCCCGACAAGACAGUCCCACGGGCUGCGAACAAGCAGCCUGCGAAGCUCCAGACUACCACGACAAAGCCCCCCGGAAGGACAGCCGCCAUAUCCCCCAGGACGCCGACCAACGGCACCGAGCCAGCCUCGGGCACGGGCACGGGCACGGGCACGAAAGCCGCGAAGACCACUCGCGAGCCUGUUAAGAAGUCGAUCGAAAAGCCUACUACAACCGCUAGGACCGCGACCACCGCGACCACCGCGAGGAGCUCCACGAGAUCUGCUACGCCAGCUUCUACUCCCGCAACCGGCAAGAAAGUAACACCGGCCCCCGUGCAGGUAUCGCCCGGCAGCAGCACAGGCUUCGUGAAGCCCAAAGUCAAGUCGCCGACUCGACCCGUCAACCUACCGCCCUCCCUCAUGGCCCCCACGGCCGCAUCGAGCUCCAAAGUCAGGGAAAACGGCCGGGAUUCAGUCUCCGGUCUCGGCACCUGCUUUGGCCGCUCGCCUAGCAGAGCGAGCGUGUCCACCGUCGGCACGUCCGCCACCAACAGGACGAUCCGGAGGCAGAGGUCCACCAUCAACCACCCCAUGCCCAGCAUAGGCCCUCCGCCCAGGAAGUCACUCGAGGACCAUCCCGUCACGCGCAAGGACAAGGACGUCGACGAGAGCUUCCUCGCCCGCAUGAUGAGGCCUACGCAGAGCUCCAACUCCAAAGUCACCGACAAGGUUCCUGUCACGCCGCCACGGAGAGGCAACGUGAGAACGACGCCUGGUUCGGCGCGGGGGACUGCUUCGGCUUCCGCAAGCGCCAGCGGAAAGAAGACGGCUGCCAAGUCUGCUCUGCCUGCCACCGGAAGCCCGGGACCGAAGGCCGCUCGCCCGGCCGAGGAUGCUCCCAAGGUUACAGCGGAUGCGAAGGAGGGCGAGGGCCAGGCGGCCGAGCCAGUCGAGGCCGAGGCUGAUGUAAAGAGUACCACGGAGGCUGUCCAGUCUCUUAGCCUCGAAGAUGACAACGACGAGAAGGACAAACCCGAGGCGAAGCCCACGCCUCACUCGACCACGGAGUCAGAACAAGCCGCCGAGUUGACCACCGAGGCAAUUGUGGAGCAGGCUAUGAAUCCAGUCACGGGGCCGGAGCAUGGCGAAGAGCCCGCGGCCGCAGAGAAUCAUGUGGCAGAAGCAGAUGUCGCCGAAGAGAGAGCCACCGCGGAAGAGUCUCAGGGCACAGGCAAGCCCGAAGAAGACGGCACGAAGGGCGAAGCGGCUCCAGCUGACGACCCUCCCGUGGACGCCGGCCCAUCCCGAACUGCCGAGGAAACCGCCGCCAGUGGAGAAACCAAGGAGACGGUCCCGGCCGCGCAAGAGGUCGAUGUCCCCCCCGAGGAAGAGAAUGGGCCGGCAGAAGACACAACUAAAGUUGGGAGCAUGCUGGAAUAG